GUCCAUUUCCAGUGAAGCGACUAAAACAUCAGCAUCUUCACAUUUUAGUUUGUUCCUUUAAUUCACAGACCUAAAAAGCUGAGAUAAUUAUAAACAUUCCACUUCUUGGCCUUGAAACUGUGAAGAUGUUGAUGUGCUGACCAGGACUGGUGUGUUGGGUCCGUGAGUUCAUCUCACACCCAUGGACGGUAACCGGGCCUCGUGCUCCCUGAAUCUCAUGCUGUGCUCUCUCAAACACAAGGAAACAUCUUAUAAAUUUAAUAAAACCCAUUUUAUGGAGAGUUGACACAGCCAUAGUUCGAUACGGUUCUUCCCACGAACGGUAUCGUACUAGAGAGGUAUCAGGACACGUGUAGGCCCGGGCUAAACUCACACCAGUAUUAAUUUAGGGUGGUAGUGUAGGAGGUAUUAGUGGUAGGUUAACUGCAAAACACACUAACCUAACACUAAUAUUCAGAACUGAAAACUCAGAAUGCCUUUGUACCUGCAUUUGAAGCUGGGAUAAAGUUCUCGGAUGGAUCUGAUGCUUGGCAAAGGGAGUCCAGUGCCAUCACUUGCUGUUUGUCAACUGGACGAUGUAGAAGAUAUCCUGGCGAGUAAACAAGAUGACACUGUGUAUAAGAUGACCCUGGAAGGAGUCAGUGUAAAUAUCUCCAUAAAACUGACACCAAAUAAGGAAGGUGACCUUCGAAAAGUCGAGCUAGGAGAGAAAAAUCUAAGAAUUAGUGAUACCGCAGGAGAAUUGUGUAGUCCUGAUACCGGCACCUACAAAGUCUGUUACUCAUACACUGACGAUGACAGUCCCACAGGAACACUUACUAUCACUGCUUCUAUAACUGAUAAUAGUCCUCUCACCUGCAAAUUCUCCGAGCUAAUUUCAGGAGAGCCCACAGUUAUAGAUUCGCAGUAUCUCAGCAAAAAAGAAUUUGGACUAUCAUUGGUGGGAACAAGCGUUGCAGACCACUCGUCUGAAGAUUAUCAGAUCAUGAGAGACGAAUUCAACUGCAUAGUACAGGGAUCCGUUUUCAAAUCAGCUCAAAUAGGAUGCGGUGGUGAUGAUACAUCGGAUUCUCAAGCUCUUCAGGAGAAGUGCGAAGAUAUUCAUGACGAAGAAAUGUCAACAGCCAGCUGCAAAUUUGAGAUGACAGAAAACUUACUACAAAGUAUAAGUUUCGGUAUCCAGCGUAAAGACAUCACGUUUUAUGAAUGCGCCCCUGGUUCACAGCUCAAUAAAGACAAUGGAGCGUGUGAAUUAUGUGCAAUAGGGAAGUAUCGUGGAAAUGGAUCGGGCUCAGAAUGUAUAUCAUGUGAGAUACGCACCAAACAGAGGUAGUACUGCGUGUUACUCCUGUGAUAAUGGACAUGUUGAUGAUGAUAAGCGGACCUGUACUCCUUGUCCUCCAGGAAAAAAAGCCAAUAUUGAUGGGGGGACAUGUGAUGAGUGUGGUGCUGGAAACUACUUUAACGAAACUGAUGCGGAAUGCAGGGACUGUGAGAGCUACAUGUACUCGUUGGCUGGUUUCAGUAAAUGUUACUUCUGUCAAGCUGGAUAUGAAGUCACAGGUGAUCAAAUUGGGUGUAGUGCGUGUCCUCCAGGACACUACAACGACAAGCCUCAAGAUAGUAGAUGUAAACCAUGUGAGGGUGAUGAGCUUACCACCAACCUGCACGGUCAAACUCAAUGCAACGUUACUAUCGUAAAGGGAAAGUUCUGCCCAAAAGACGACCAGUUUUCCACUCCUGCAGUUGGAGUUAUAUCUUUUCCUUCGGUGCAAGCAGGUCAGGAAAGUAGAGGACAAUGUUUUCACAACAAUGACAGUGCAGCUGUCAGAUUAUGCAAUGUGGAGGGUCAGUGGGAGCGACCAGACCUGAGCGCAUGUGAAUCCAAACAGUCAGGGGAGAUUAAAAAGAUUGACGUUGAAACUAAGGCCGGCAUAGAAAAACUGAAUGAACAAACCAUGAAAACAGAAGAUGUUGCUCCAAAGGAUAUCGAAACAGUUGUUAAGAAGAUGACAGAUGAAAAAGUCGACACUGUCUUUAGCAGCGACACUGGUGAUAAAAUUGAAGAACUAGCAACGAACAGUAUGACAGUUGUUUCCAAUAUGAUGGCCGCUAGUAAAGCCUCGCCAACUGAACAAAAACUAAAGAACAACAUCGUGAAUUGCUUUGAACGCAUAGCCAUGCUGUCCUUGGAACAUAUGAAGAUUGGAGAAAAUUCAGUUACUUUCGCCACAGACACAACAGACGUAUACUUGGUACAAAACGCAGCUGAUACCAAUACAACCAUCGGAGAUUCCAUGAUUCAUAUAAACGUUAACCAGGGUAGCAAUAUAAAGAACCUAGCAGCUCUCAUUUACAAGGACAACUCUGCUUUCAAGCCACCACCAAAUCCAACCAGAGGUACUUCUUCUAUAGCAGGAAAAGUUGUAGGGUUGAAGCACACAAAACGCGAUGUAGAUACUCUAGACAAUAGCAUUUCCUUCAAAAUGAAGUAUGACGUACAGGAUCUGAACAGCCCAAAGAGGAAAUCCAGACAAAAGGUGUUAAAACGGUGCAAGUACUACGUACCAGAAAAUAACACCUGGUCUGACACGGGAUGUACUACUAAAGUAACAGAGGACGGGUCUGUCGAGUGUGAGUGUGAUCACAUGACCAGUUUCGCUGUUAUCUUGAGCGUCGAGGAGAACAAAAGCCCAAUGUGGCUGAGUAACCUGGUUCUGGGUAUAAACAUUACCUUCUGCCUCCUGACACUCCUCUGCACUCUGCCAUUCAGGACGUUCCGAGUCCGGAAGAUGACAAUCAUACAGUCUCACUCCAUCCUGUCUCUUCUUCUUCUUUGUGUCACGUGGUUCAUCAUGCAGGACCUUAAAUUAUCAAAGGAAAAGCCGGCUUAUGAAAAUAUGAAAUGUAAAGUUCUAGCCUUCAUCGCACAGUACUUCCUGAUGGCUAAUUUCUCCUGGAUUUUCUGCUGUUCUUUGACGCUUAAGAGUCAGAUAGUGGACGCAGUGAAGAGCUUCGGAAAGAAGAACAAGAACCUAGUUAAGAAAUGCGUACUGUUCGGGUACGGGUUCCCUCUUCUCAUUCCUUCCUUGGCUAUACUUAUGGACUUUCUCAUGAAGAGAAUUCACCUGAUGUACACUAUAUCAGAGAACUGGAGUGCUGGUAUGAAGAUGUAUGGCUCUACUCGCUCAUCCUCUUCCCUAUUUAUGUGUUCUUCAUCAUAAACAUCGUGAUUAAUAUCAAAAUAAUGGGAGUUGUUAGUAAUGCCAGGAGGUCUAGUGAUGGUGGUAGCGAAAGGCGGGUGGUAAAAGCUGGGUUCGCUCUGGCAUUUACUCAGGGUCUACCCUGGAUAGCCCUCUCUGUGCCUGGUGCUAUACCUUCAGAAAGUACAGCAGAAGUAUUCCAGUACUUGUUCCUGAUUACUUUCGGUCUUCAAGGUGUAGGACUGUUUGUCUUCAACGUCCUGUUCCAAGAGGAGGUGCUGAAGAACCUGUGUGGACUGCUGAACGUGCAGCCUCCCCUUAUCUUCCUGAGUGUGGUGCCGUCCAAACAGAGACGUACUCCUAAUAGUCAGACGGGAGAGACUUCGCUGGGGACAGCACGAAACAGCAAUGCUAAUAACGACAAAUGUUACUCCAAUAACCUCACAUUAAACAGUGUCGCUACUGGAGCAGCUGGAGACAAAUCCCUUUAUCAAGAUACUUCUCUUUACAAUGAGCUUCACGAAAGCAGCAUUGUCACCGAACAUCGACAAAAGGAUAAUACAUAUUCACAUCUUAAUGCAAUAAAAACCAGGGAACACGAUGGAACGAACGCAGACACUCUCGGACCACCACCAUCUUCGCCCCGAGUUGUAAAAUUCGUGGCUGGCACAAGGACAUACGGGGUUGCUGGGGAAGUGAGUCGCAGUCCCAUCCCAGGAGAGACUGAGGGAUUGGAGCACCAAGGACCACCGCUCAUGUGACCAACAUGUGACCAGCAUGUGACCAACAGGACAUGUGACCAGCAUGUGAUCACCACUCAUGUGAAUAAAACUGUGAAAGUAUCAGAGUGCGUCAGACUAAGCAGUCUGCAUGUAAAAUUUAAAAAACUUGACAGAAAGGAGUGAGAUAUGAAUGAGUGUUAGAUGAGAAUCUGGAAUGAUGAGGAAGCGAUUGGUAACAUACAAAAACAAAUGACCAAUGACCAUAAUUGACCAUUCAUGAGCUUCAAUUGAUUGUCUGAUUUUGAAAUUGAUUAUCUGAUGA